AUGUGUGCUUGUGACACAUGUACUGGAACCGUUGCUCAAUUCGGAACCUCCUCCAGUGGUGUUAUCCCUCGACCGUCGUCCGCUGCCGUGUUGGAUGCAAGCGAAGUUCUGGAUAACCUCGAUCCACGAAGUACGGCCGCCCAAGCAGCAUCGGAGCGACAAGAGCUGCGGACUUUGAUGGCCAAAUGCUGUUUGCGCUUGGGAUCGUGGUAUUCCGACCUGUACGCUCGAUGUCCACCGAACACUUUCGCAUCCGAUUCUAUCCACACACCUACAUCGACAUCCGCCUUUUCGACGGCAUCUGUUCACGACAGUGGCUUGCAGCACUCUGUCGCAACGGCAAACCGAUUGUCCAGAAAUCGAGACUCAUCGUUCCGUUCUGUACCGGGCUAUGACACGGGCCAGACGCAUAUCACCCGGUCAAACGGCCCCGUGCGUCCAGCCACUGCAGAUGGUGAUCAUUUUCGAAAAGCGUACUCCAGCUACUCCUGCCACUCUGGUCUACUUGCUGAUGGCACUGUGGUCAAUGUGCCACAAGCGUGGGAUGAGCGCCAAGGUUUUGUGAUCCAAUGUUACGACGCGGCUACAAAACACGCGCCGGAAAACCGCCUCACAUGGCAAUCUUGGGCUAUGACGAAUUAUGAUGUGUUCAAACAUCUGGACGCUUUAAAAGCACACAUUGAAAGGGCCGAAUUGGAACUCACCAAGGCGAGUUCUCAGUCGUCCGUUCCACAUUCGUCGGCGCCUCCGUCGACUUGUUCAACCGGAAGCAUUUCGCCUUCUGCUCAAACGAUCGCAGAUCUUUGGAAUGCCAAAACCAAUCUACAACUUUGCAUGGAGUUGCAUGCCGCACCAUCUGUACGCGGAUUCAUCAACUCCAUCAGCUUGUCUCCUUCUGCCAAUCUUCAGGACAGUUUGCGCCUCAUCAAUCUACUGUUCAAAUUUGGGCAUCUUGCCGAAAUUCGAGACAUCAUUCGGGAAGGACUGACAAAAAUUCGCUUGUCUAAUUGGCUUUUGGUUAUACAACAGCUUCUCGCACGUAUCGACACACCUAGAGACUACGUGGCCGGCAUCAUCAUAGACCUUCUUAUUUCGGUUGGCCGAAGUUAUCCGCAGCAACUGGUGUACCCGUUGGUGCUUGCAUUCAAAUCUGGCGGAUCCGAUCGACGUCGUUACAACGCUAACCGCAUUUUGUAUAGCAUGGAAGAGCACAGUCCACGGUUGGUCUCUGAAGCAUUUUUGCUAAACGAGGAACUGAUUCGUUUGUCCAUCACCUGGGUCGAAAUGUGGUCCGAAUCGCUGGAGGAUGCCAGCCGUGUGUAUUUUGGCGAGAAGGAUAUCAUGAAGAUGUUCCGCAUUCUGCAUCCGCUUCAUCAGAUGAUUGAUCGAGGCCAUGAAACGAUACAUGAAGCCGCGUUUCUGCAAGAGCAUGGGAACGAGCUGAACAAUUGUCGCAUUUGUUGCGAAACCUACGAGCGCACUUCGAACAAGCUGAUUUUGCAACAAGCCUGGGAAGGAUACUACACACUUUAUCGACGGUUCACUAAACAGGUGAAUAGUAUGAACACACUGGAGCUCUGUGUCUCGUCUCCGCGUCUACACGAAUACGGCAAGGACUGGGAGCUGGCGGUCCCCGGAAGCUAUGAACCACAUCGGCCACUAGUUCGAAUCGCUGGGAUAAAAAAUUGUUUGUCGUUGAUGACCUCCAAACAGCAUCCACGUAAACUGACCGUCGUCGGCUCCGAUGGACAUCAGUAUGUAUUCCUUCUGAAGGGGCACGAAGAUACGCGUCAAGAUGAACGCGUCAUGCAAUUUUUCGGUCUCGUAAACACGUUGUUGAUGAAUAAUUCUGAAACAUUGAGCAGAAAUCUUACAAUUCAGCGCAUGUCUGUUGUCCCACUGUCAACAAACACCGGUCUGAUUGGAUGGGUCCCGAACAGUGACACGUUGCACAGUCUCAUACGCGAUUAUCGCGAGAAGACUCAAACCAUGCUCAACAAAGAGAAUCGGGAAAUGAUCUCACUCGCUCCCGACUUCGAUCGAUUGAACGUGAUCCAAAAGACGGAGGUGUUCGAAGCGGGCCUACGUGAGUGUUCGGGACGCGAUCUGGCCAACAUUUUGUGGCUCAAAAGCCACAGUUCAGAGGCAUGGUUCGAACGGCGUACGAACUUCGUUCGAUCCAUGGCUACCAUGUCGAUGGUCGGAUACAUUCUUGGUCUUGGAGAUCGGCACCCGUCCAACAUAAUGCUCUCUCGGGAGACAGGCAAAGUGGUACACAUCGACUUUGGCGAUUGUUUCGAGGUGGCUAUGAUGCGCGAGAAAUUCCCCGAAAAGGUUCCUUUCAGGCUAACCCGAAUGAUCAUAGCUGCGAUGGAGGUCACCGGAAUCGAUGGGGUUUACCGACAAACUUGUCAUAUGGUGAUGUCUCUGAUGCGUGCAAGUCGUGACAGCCUGUUGGCUGUCCUAGAAGCGUUUAUUCAUGAUCCGCUCCUUCAAUGGGUGUUGCUCGAGAGUCGAAAAGAUUUCAACCAGCUAGAUCCGAAAUCGGACGAGGGGGUGGAUCUGACUGCUCAACUGCAGGGCAACGCUGCCAUCGCUGUACUGGCGAACGGAGGUAUGGCUUUACCUGCUGGAGUUCAGCAUGCUAGGAUCAAUCAUAAGCAAGGUGACCAACACUAUCAUCGUCAAAACCUUGGUGCCCAAACCACAACUGCGUACAGACCAACGGACCGCACCGGGGGUCUGGCUCCGCCCAACUCCAGUCAGCUGCAACCCACCGCGUUGGAUUACCAGCAUCAUCGUCAACCGUAUCAGUUCCUGUUGUCAAAACGUGUUUUCACCAACCCCAACCAUCCGGACAGUGUUUCCCUGCGUGAUCCGUACAAAGUGAAUCCUUGGCGACAUCAUUUAUGCAAUGGCCCUUGGUUCGGAUGCUACAAAGCAGCAAAACGCUUACGCAAACAAACGGAAACCGGAGGAAUUAUUGUGGAACGACAAGGUCUCCAGGGUUUUAUCUUUUCUGCCAAACCCCCUGUCAAUGAAGAUCCCUCAACCGUGGAAGCGGAAUCGCAACCGACAACACUGGGCAACAAUCGCGCGCGCGUUGUGAUGGCAAGGAUCAGACAGAAGCUGACUGGGAUGGAACGUGAUCAACCCAUGGAUGUUCCAAGUCAGGUGGACUAUUUGGUGCGCGAAGCCACUUCGAACCAGAACCUUUGCCAGAUGUAUAUAGGCUGGUGCGCCUUCUGGUAA